AAAAUAAAAUCCACCUGAUGAAACUAGAAUCGAUCGAAUACAGCUAAUAAUAGGCUAUCUGCAGAAGUUAAACCAUAAAAUCCACUACAAAAUAUUCAAGUUCCUUGAUUCUUGUAUAGCUCGUGAGUGAAAUUAAGAAGGCUGACCUCAAACGGUGAUUCAUUAAAUUCCUAACGGCUAAUUAUAACGAAAAAUAGCUCCCAAAAAAAGGCCCACAUUUCACAAAUUAAGUAAACGUCGGUGCUCUCACAUGAAACCAAAUUCCAUACUGAAUAAAGAAAUAAGCAUCCCAUAUAUCCCAUCACAUUUUUUCACCAAGAUGGAAGCUGCAUUGUGGAAAUUGGAGGACAAAUGGAAUCUGUCAACACAAAAGUCCAUAGCCAUAUUCGCAUGCGCCUCCUUCUUCCUCAUUGGCAUCUGCGUGGCGGCCGGCGCGUGGCGGCGGCGGAGGAGGGAGAGCGUGCAUCAAGAGCCACUAGCUGACGAUGAGGUUGAGCCGCGGCGGGGGUUGGGGUCGGUACGGUGGAGCAGCUGGCGGCGGAGUAGCAAGUGGGAGGAGAGCCCAAUGGUGGUGAAGAGGGAGGGGCAGAGCCAUAAUUCGACGGCGGCGGUGUGGCAGCGGCCCAUUCUAAUGGGUGAAAAGUGUGAGCUGCCCAGAUUUAGUGGCCUCAUUCUCUAUGAUCAGAGGGGCACUCCACUUCAUCAAGGAAUCAUGUGCAAACAGGAGAUGAUGCCGACUCCAACUACAUUGAGGGACCUGCUAUGACUACGGCGUACUUAAUUCUAGUUUUGUCCCUAGUUAUGUAAAACCUAAGAUGACAGUGUGGUGGAAAUUAUUAUAAAUGCAUUAUUUAUCAUGGGAUUUAUAUAUGCAUGUAUAACUACAAUAGUUUGUGAAAGGAUUAUGAUUAUUAAGUUGAAACCUAUAACCAUAUCCAUCAAUGUAAUUCCACCCAUCCAUUCGGCUUAAUUAUAAUUAUCCUCGGAACAUCUUUAAUUCUUGCA